AUGACUUGCUACUGCGUUAAAAACAAACUGUCUCCAUUAUUCUCACAAAUUGGAUAUCAUAUAGGAUGUCAUCCCAUAUUUUAUACUCUAAUACCAAUUAUUGUGUCAGGAAUUCUUGCUUUUGGAUUUUUGAACGCAAAAUUAGUGACGGAUAUUGAAUAUCUUUACACACCUAUCAACGGAAGAUCCUUAACAGAAAGAAGAAUUGUCGAAUCUUUGUUUCCUCCAAAUUUAUCUUCCGAUUACGAUUUCUUGAGAAUCACGAAGUUUGGACGACUCGGUUCAAUUCUGGCGGUAUCAAAAGUUAACGAUUCUAUGUUAAACGAACCAAUAAUGAGAGAUAUAAUAGAAUUGGAUCGUUUUAUCAAAAAUAUUAACUUCGUUUGGAAUAAUUCGUCCGUAAAAUACGAAAAUCUUUGUUGUAGAACUAUUCGUAACGAGUGCUUCGAAAAUAUGAUCUUGACGUUUGCGAGAAAAAUAAAUGAAAUCAAGAAUGGAAAAUAUGUAAUAAAAUAUCCCAUAGAUAAAACUAUAAGCGAAUUAAGGAUUUCUGCAAUUAACGUAGGAGGGGUGCGUGUAAAUGCACGAGAAGAACUGGAAGAUUUUCAUAUUGUUCGUUUGUUCUAUCCGUUAGAUUACAGCACAGAAGAAAAAAAUAAAAUGUCACUGAAAUGGGAAAGUGAAUUUUUGAAGCAAUUAUCUAAUUUAAAACUGAAAAACAUCGAUUUCUACAAGUUUGUCGGAAAGACUUUCGACGACGAACUCAAUCGACUUACUGAUAUGGCAUUACCCCUUUUAUUAAUUGCCAUUCCCGUUAUGUUGAUAUUUGCAGCGAUAUCUUGCAUGUCGUCGGAUGCCGUAACCAGCAAACCGUGGUUGGGUGUUGCUAGCUGCUUAUCCUCGUUCUUAGCAACCGGUUCUGCAUUUGGCUUAUUGUUGUAUAUUAACGUGCCAUAUGUCGAUUUGAACUUGGCUAUUUUCUUUCUUAUGCUCGGCAUCGGACUUGACGAUUCUUUCGUUUUAUUGGCAUCUUGGAGACGUACUAACUGCAAAGACACUGUAAUGAAAAGAAUGAGUGAUGCGUAUUCGGAAGCCGCGGUAUCAAUAACCAUAACUUCCACCACAAAUUUUUUUUCUUUCUGCAUGGGACUUCUAACACCGUUCAGAAUUAUUCAUAUUUUCAGCAUUUAUAGUUCUUUGUCCAUUUUAUUUGAUUACCUCUACCAGAUAUUCUUCUUCGGAGGAUUAAUGGCAUUAGAGGGAUACAGGGAACAAAAGAACAGGCAUUGUGUCUUUUUUACUAAAGUUAAUUCAAGUAACGUUAUUGAAGAAGAAAUGAACGUUCGGAAGAAAAAAGACAACUUUAUGAUGGUAUUUUUUAAAGAUAUUCUAGGGAAAAUCCUGCAAAACAAACUGAUUAAAAUAAUAGCUAUUAUUUUGUUCAUCUCUUAUUUAGGGUGCGGUGUAUAUUUUAUGAAAUGGAUAAAGGAAGGAUUAGAUUACAUUAACAUAUUCCCAUUUCAUUCCUACGUCAUUAAUUACAUGCUACUACAUUAUCGAUAUUUCACUGAAUUUCCUCACAGGAUACACGUCGUUAUUAAUCAGACACUCGACUAUUCUGAUCCCGCUGUACAAAAGGGAAUAGAUGAGCUCUUAAACUCUUUCGAGACAGCUCCAUUUAUGAGCGAUUCCUCGAAAUCUGAGUGCUGGAUGAGAGAAUAUCUUUCGUUCAUCAAUGAACCUAUUUCGCAGAUUUCGCUGAGAGGUUACAAUUUGAGCGAUUCAAAGGAUUUCCUGGAUGGAUUCAAAAACGUUUUUUUGAAUAUCAAACGAGCAGGGAGAUUUAGAAAAGACGUUCUUUUUAAUAGUCGAGGUGACAAAAUAGUAGCUACCAGAUUUUUCAUACAAAGUCACAAUGUAAGAAAUUCCUCCGCAGAAAAAUAUCUAUUAGAAAAUAUUCGAAGAAUUGCAGAUAAAAGCAAGUAUAAUGUUUAUGUAUGCAAUUUAUGGUUCGUUAUGUACGAUCAAUAUUUAGAUGUCAUAUCGACGUGUGUGCAAACAGUGGGUAUUACAGCAGUAAUUGUAUGCAUAAUAUUUACUAUAUUCAUUCCAAACUUAAUCUGUACCUUAGCAGUUAUGGUAACGGUAAUAAGUAUACAAAUCGGAGUCGUUGGUUUUAUGUCGGUGUGGAAUGUCAACGUCGAUUCGGUAACAAUGCUGAUUUUAGUCAUGAGUACGGGUUUUUGCGUCGAUUAUUCGUCCCACAUAUCUUACGCCUACGUAAAUUGUCCACAAUACGAUUCAAAUGAAAAGCUAAGAAUCUCUUUAUAUGCCGUGGGUUAUCCAAUUUUACAAGGAUGCUUUUCCACUAUUUUAGGUGUCUUCGUAUUGUACUUUGGAGACUCCUAUCUGUUUGUUAUUUUCUUUAAAGUUAUAUUUUUAGUUAUGGUUUUUGCAGCUUUUCAUGGUUUAAUUCUAUUGCCUGUCGUUCUUAGUAUUGUAGAUUCUACGUUUUGUAAGAAAAAGAAAACAAAUUUCAAUAAUAACAACGAAGUACAUAAGAUGAAAAAAUUUAUAUCGUUAGAAAGAAAUCACCAAAUUCCGUUUAUAGAUGAAGAAUAAAUUCAUUUUUAUCAACUUAAUUCUUGUUUUUAAAUUGGUCUUGUCAAUAAGAAAAAAUAUUUCUUCGUAUUGUUAGGAGCAACUUCUUUAAAAGUUCAUGUUUGAAAGCCUACUUGUGUAUAUUUACAUAAUAUAAAUGAAAAUCUAUUGAAUCGAAACGUCAUUUUUGAAAUUCGGGUGUUUCCCAAGAAGUUUCUGCAUCCAAGCAGUUUUCAGAGUCUUUGUUCCAUCCCUCGGCUAAAAUCCGUUUUAAUUGUUGCAGGGUUUGAGACUUGCUUUAUGACAUUUUCCCUUUUAAGGUGCGCUAGUAAUUAUUUAUAGGGGCUGCAAGUAAGCCAUUGGAACACUUUUAUUUGUUCGCUCUUAACCGUUUCUUAGUUUUCCUUGGGAAGCGGAACCUGGCAUGAUCGUGAUGAAAAAUGCUUGGGACGAGUUCGAAGAAUUCGUAAUAACGUAGAUUUAGCUAAUUACUCGUCGGCAUCUACGAUAUAAUCACAGAAAUGUAGUUGCCCAAUUCCUCGUGUUCCCAUACAUUCCCAGUCCAUUCCCGAAACCUAUUGAGAACUGGCAAUUUGGAUGGUUGUUUUAUGCUAGUUCCGAAUGACAUAUUAAAUACGGUAAGUACCGUAUUUAAUAUGAAGCGUCGAUUGAUCUGACCUUAAGGCUAAAUGCCACUUUGCUACGUUUCACUUCGAGUGGGCUCGUGAUCACAGGAUGCGGCGACGUUAAAGUUAGUUGAGAAAUUCUUUUGUCGUUUUAGUUCAAUACUUCAAUCUUCUUAUUCAUAUUUUGAACUGUAUUUUCAAAUACAUCUCUCUCGAACCAUUAUUUAACCCUAGCUUUUAUUUUCUGCACAAAAACGUGUCUGAUUUCUACAAUAGGCCAAAGUAAU